AUGGUUAUCGCGUCUUCGUCGACGCAGCCAAUGAAUACAUCAUUAUUGUCGCAGAGGGUGUUGACUGUGACGCACAAUGUGAUAACCGGGAACCCAGUAACCUUUGUGCAGAAGUUCCAGACGUCCCGGGCCAAUUACAACUUCUUCAUCUAUAACAUCCACUUUCACGACUUCUUCACCUACGACUCCUUCACCUACGACUUCUUCCUCUACAGCAUCUUCAUAUACAACUUCUUCAUCUACAGCGUCUUCAUCUACAGCUUCCCCACCUACAACUUCUUCAUCUACGACUCCUUCACCUAUGACUCCUUCACCUAUAACUCCUUCACCUACGACUUCCCCACCUACUUCCUCAUCUACAACUUCUUCACCUACAGCGUCCCCACCUAUAGCUUCCUCAUCUACAACUUCCUCAUCUACAACUUCUCCACCUACAACUUCUCUACCUAUAACUUCUCUACCUAUAACUUCUCUAUCUACAACUUCUCCACCUACAACUUCCCCAUCUACUGCUUCCACCACUUCUUCAUCUAUAACCUCUGCAUCCACGACUUCUUCACCUUCGACUUCUUUAUCUGCAGCGUCUUCACCUACAACUUCUUCACCUACAGCUUCUUCAUUUACAACUUCCACCACUUCUACAUCUAUCACCUCACCCAUAACCACUUCGCGUUGUGUAGCAACAUCCGCAACGAUAAGCACGGUAUUGUCAUCCUCAAUUGA